AUGCAACAAUACGGUCUUCCAGAGCCGUUCUCCGUAUUCCUCGUCGUCGUCGUCGCUGUCGUAGUCUAUGUAUUCUUCCCCCUCUUAUCCCUCUUCUUCCACCAGUCCCGCUCGCCACUCCGCCUCCUUCUUGGGCCACCCUCUCCCUCGCUCUUCAUCGGCAAUCUGGUCGCUUUCGCCGACCAAGAAAACACAGAUAUCAUCACCACAUGGUCAACUGCAUACGGCCCAACAUUCACCUACCGUGGCUUUAUUGGAGGAAGGCGGCUGCUCACCACCGAUCCAGCCGCACUCGCCUGGAUCCUAGGCAGAGCCUACGAAUUUCCCAAGCCCGAGUUUGUCCGUGACAGUCUCGCAACAAUGGUUGGAGGGCAUGAUGGGCUUCUAUGUGUUGAAGGCGAGGUCCACAGGCGACAGAACCAAGCCUUCACCACGUCUCAUAUCAAAUCCCUUCUCCCUAUCUUCUGGUCCAAAGCAUCUCAGCUGCGCGACAUCUUCAUCUCUAUCGCUACAGAUCCUUCUUCGCCUUCGUCGGUAACCACUAACGCAUCCACCAAUCCACCGAUGUCUGCCACAUCUCCCACCGUUGAUUCGUUCGCCAUCUUGAGGUCGCUCGAUCCCGUCAGGCCAAGCAAACCCACGUCUCCGGUUGCUGAUGCACCGACAGAAGGGAAGGCGGGCAGUCUGAGAAAGAGGAAACGCAAAGUGGAGAAUCCGAUGGAGCCAGAUGAGAGACGGACAGUACAGACGGAAGCCGCUCGCGAACAUCGCAAUGGCGAUGCCCAGCCCGUCCAUAGUGAAGUCUACGCGAAACACGAAUUGGCUUGCGUGGAUGUCCUGUCUUGGCUCGGAAGGGCCACACUGGAUGUGAUUGGAGAAGCAGGAUUUGGCUACCAGUUCAAUGCUCUCUCGUCACAAGACAACGAGCUUGCCAACGCGUUCGGCGUCAUCUUUUCAACCGCACGAAAAUUCCGCGUCUUCAGCGUUCUCCAGAUAUGGUUUCCUUUUCUACGGCGCUUUCGGCCAAAUAAUGCGAUAAUGCGUAAUGCUCGAGCUACUAUGCAGAGGAUUGGUAUGCAACUAAUAAACGAAAAACGCUCGGCAGUCGAGUCCGAGUAUGCGAAGACAGGCUAUCCCUCUGGAUCAUCUCCGUUUUCCUCAUCAACACCCCUGAGACCAGAAAUCGAAGGCGACAAAACUACGCUCGGCCGAGAUAUCCUCAGCGUCCUUAUUCGCGCAAAUAUGUCUUCGGAGCCCAAACAGCAACUCGACCUCACGGAAGUUCUGUCCACAAUCUCCACAUUUCUAGCAGCCGGUCACGAAACGACAGCCUCAGCACUCACAUGGACACUGUACGCCCUCGCUCGAUCGCCCUCUGAACAACGAAAAUUGCGCCACACCCUCCGUUCAAUAUGUCCUUUUGAUCAUCCGGAUGACGACGCAAGCAACAGAGACUCCGUACCCAGUGCGGAGUUGAUGGCGGCCAUUGAGAAGCAUGAGCAGUUGGACAGAGUGGUGAAAGAGGCGUUACGGUUGCAUGCGCCGAUAGGGAGUACGAUGAGGACAUAUAUGGGAGAGGAGGAGGAGGUCGUUGUCCCGCUUUCUAGAGGCGUCAGGGUCAGAACCAGGACGAGAAAUCCGGGGUGGUCCAAGUCGAUUGGGAAACUAUGUAAAAAGCUAUGGAAUAGAGUGAGCGGGAGCCUAGCGGAGGAGGACCUAGGGCCGGAUGAUUUCACGGUGGAGAGGGGCGUGCGGAUGCGAAGAGGGGAUAUUGUGACUAUUCCUAUUCAGGCUGUGAAUCGGGAUAAGGAGAUAUGGGGAGAGGACGCUAGGGAGUUCAAGCCUGACAGAUGGCUCAAUCUCCCUCCAACAGUCAACUCCAUCUCAGGGUUGUAUUCGAAUACGUUGACGUUCUUAAACGGAUCCCCUGUGGUUGGCAACAGAGCAUGCAUCGGGUAUCGUUUUGCCCUUGCUGAAAUCAAGAUAUUCCUGUAUGUAUUGUUGCGCGAUAUAGAAUUCACGCUCGACGAAAACAUCGUCAUUGAAAAGCGGGUCAACGUUGUAACACGCCCGUUCGUCAAAUCUGCACCGGACCUUGGGAACCAGAUGCCUUUGCGGAUACGAAGGCUCUCGCCUCUGGAAGACGAAGAUCCUGAGCAAUAG